AAAAAGUAGGCUUUAAAGCCUCUGAUUUGCCCUCAAAAUACAUCAAAUGAAGAGCAAUAAAACAGUAGUUUCGGCACCAGGAAAGGUCCUUCUUGCGGGAGGAUAUUUGAUUCUUGAACAAGAAAAUGAAGGGUUUGUUCUUACACUAUCAGCAAGAAUGGUAUGUAUUGUAGAAGAUCGGGAGAGAAAAGGAGAAUACGCGGAGAUUAGAGUAUGUUGUAAGCAGUUUAAGCAGUUGGAUUAUUUUUUUCGGGUUAUUUUUGGAGAAAAUGGAGAGAUUUUAGAGGUUCAAGAAAAUAAUGGAAGCCGUAAUUCGCAUAUUUACUAUGCAUUGAUAUACUCGUUAUUUUAUUGUAACCCAUAUAAUAUGCAAGAUCUAUAUAUUACUAUAUUAGCAGACAAUGACUAUUAUUCACAAAUUGAGCCAAGAUCAGGGCUUUGUAGAUAUAAGAAAUUUGAUUUUCCUAUAGAGAAAGUUCAUAAGACGGGGAUAGGAUCAUCAUCGGCACUUAUGACAAGUAUGAUUGCAGCGUUAGUAGUUCAUUUAUCAGAAGGAAAAAUCGAUAUUGAACAGACGCAAAAUAAAUGGAUAAUACAUAAUCUUUCACAGAUAGCACAUUGUUCGGUUCAGGAGAAGAUAGGGAGUGGAUUUGAUAUUGCAGCGGCAUGUUUUGGGAGUUGUCUAUAUCGACGAUUUGAUCCGGCUAUUAUUGACAGUGUUGGAGAACAUACAUCGUCACAAUUCAAAAAACAACUUACAAAAGUGGUAGAAAGUCUAUGGGAUAUUUCAAUUGAGGAGUUAGAUUUUCCUCCGGGACUUGGAGUUAUUUUAGUUGAUAGAAAUGAGGGAACAACAACAUCUAAUAUGGCACGUAAUGUAAUGGAAUGGAAAAACAAAGAUAUAGAAGCUAAUAGUAUAUGGGAGGAGUUAAAAAAAAUGAAUAAUUUGUUUUAUAAAACUUUGAAUGAAAUGACUAACGCAAGUCGCCAAUUUACUUCAGAUUAUUAUGAAGUAUUAAAAAUUUCAGGACAAGUUUCAUGGGAUGAAGAUAAAAUGAAAUUUGAGGAUAAAACGAAACAAUUUAUUUAUGAUAUAUUGUAUAAUUUAUAUUUUCAAUUAAAGUCGAUUAGAGAACAAUUGAAAAUAAUAGGUAUUAAAUCAAACGUUCCUAUAGAACCCUCGUCGCAAACGCUUCUUCUUGAUAAAUGUAGUAAGAUUCCAGGUGUUUUAGGUGUUGGAAUACCAGGUGCAGGUGGUUAUGAUGCCAUUUUUUGUAUAGUUAUUCAACAAAGCAAUGCAAAAAAAGAUAUCUCCUCUAUAAAACUUGAUGAUACAGACUUGUCUAUUCUCUUAUCAAAAGAAGAACAUAGUGGUUUAAAAGUAGAAAAUAUUCAUGAGUUUGAUUUCUUUUUGGACUAGAUAUUUAUUUAUAUGUUUUAUUGUCACUUUUGUUUUAUUUUUCCA